UUUUGACAAGUGAAUGUCACUCCGCCACGCCUCGCCUACGUCGCUUCCCUCUCUCUGCAUCUUACUCACCCACCCACCGAGUCACCAAACUCCCCCAACUUCGCCCCCUAUAACUCCCUCUCCCUCUCUCUCUCUCUCUCUGAAACUCAAUCUCUGAAGCAAUGGGUCAGGACGAAACUUCCGAGCCAACGAUAGAGAUCAAUGGUUUGAGGUUCACGUACCCCGGAAUCGACGGCCACCCUCCGCCGGGGUCCACUCCUCUUAUUGACGACUUUUCUCUCACCCUUCGCGCUGGUCAUCGCUGCCUCCUUGUAGGAUCCAAUGGCGCUGGUAAAACUACAAUUCUGAAGAUAUUGGGUGGGAAGCACAUGGUGGAACCCCAUAUGGUACGCGUACUUGGAAGAUCGGCUUUUCAUGACACCUCGUUGACAUCUUCUGGCGAUCUCAGCUAUCUUGGUGGCGAGUGGAGGCGAGAAGUCGCUUUUGCAGGAUUUGAGGUUCCGAUACAAAUGGAUGUUUCUGCAGAAAAAAUGAUCUAUGGAGUUGCAGGGAUUGAUCCGAAAAGAAGAGCUGAGUUGAUCAAGGUACUCGAUAUUGAUCUAUCAUGGAGGAUGCACAAAGCAUCUGAUGGUCAGAGAAGACGAGUGCAAAUUUGUAUGGGUCUUCUCAAGCCAUUCAAGGUCCUUCUUCUUGAUGAAAUAACAGUCGACCUUGAUGUACUAGCGAGGGCUGACCUUCUGAGGUUUCUAAGAAAGGAAUGUGAAGAACGAGGUGCCACAAUCAUCUAUGCAACACAUAUAUUUGAUGGUCUAGAGGACUGGCCAUCUCAUAUUGUUUAUGUGGCUCAUGGGAUGUUGCAAAUAGCAAUGCCUAUGGAAAAAGUUAAGGACAUCAGUAAAUUGUCAUUAAUGAGAACUGUCGAGAGUUGGCUGAGGAGAGAACAAGAGGAGAAGAGGAGAAGAAGGAAAGAGAGAAAGGCAUGUGGUCUUCCAGAAUUUGAUGAACAGAUAGAAGGUAGCCGUGUGACUGGUGAUCCAGCCCGUGCUGCUGUUCGUGUUAUUAACAAUGGUUGGGCAGCUGGACGCCUGCAUUCCACCAUUGCUGGAGAAGAUAACUUUCUCUUCAGCUCAAAUAGAGUUCUAAGGUAAAUGGACGAAUUGAACAUAAAGGAAAUUCCCCAAAUUUGAUCAACGGCUUAUAAAACUAGUUUGGGGUAAUCGAUCAGGAUAUAUGCGUUGUUGAGGCUCCUAUCAAUUGCAACAACAACAGAAUUUGUUUCUUCAUGUGCUGUUGUUUAUAAGCUGUCUUUUGUUUGAUUAUUAUUUAAGAAAUAACGGUCCAAAUUGGUUUCUUUUCUAUGCUAAAUGGUUUCGACCACCAUUCAAU